CACCGCAGUCCAGAGAAUACUUCCGUUCUCCCUUGGUUUUUCCCCGCCGCGGACCAUAUCAGUUAGCACAUCAGUUUGGACAUCUGUAAACCUCGUUGGUUGCGCACUCGUUAGUGGCUCCUCCCCUGUACCGGUUAAAUGUCUCCUCGGCUCGUCACUUCAUUGCAGUCGAAAGCAGUCAUGAUAGAGGGGCUGUAGAGUGAAACAACUUCAUUGCAACAAGUAAUUCUGAGUUUUGUCAUCUGUGUUUAAGAGAGCCUCAGUUAUGAAGACCUUACUUGCUGCCUACUCCGGUGUCCUUAAAGGCACCGGCACCAGCCUUCUCUCAGCCCUGCAGGACCUGCCCUCCGCUCCUUGGCCUUCCAGAUCCAAGAUGAAGAAACAUCUACAAGUCAUCUCUGUGUUGCAGUGGGUCCUGUCCUUCUUGGCCCUGGGUGUUGCCUGCACAGUACUGCUCAUGUACAUGUUCUGUACAGACUGCUGGGUCAUCGCUGCCAUGUAUACCGCCUGGCUCAUAUUUGACUGGAACACUCCAAAACAAGGUGGCAGGAGGUCCUCUUGGGUGAGGAACUGGACCAUGUGGACUUACUUCAGAGACUACUUUCCAAUCAGGCUCAUAAAGACCCACGACCUUCUGCCCAGCCGUAACUACGUAUUUGGCUACCACCCCCACGGCAUUUUCUGUUUUGGUGCCUUCUGUAACUUUGGGACUGAGGCCACCGGUUUCUCCAAGAAGUUCCCAGGCAUAAAGCCCUCACUGGCCACUCUGGCCGGAAACUUCCGUUUGCCGGUGCUGAGAGACUAUCUGAUGUCUGGAGGCAUCUGCCCAGUGAACAAAAACUCCAUCGACUACCUCCUCUCCCGGAAUGGCACUGGAAAUGCAGUGGUCAUCGUAGUCGGGGGGGCGGCCGAGUCCCUGGAGUGCAGGCCCGGCCUGAAUACGGUCACGCUGAAGAACCGAAAGGGCUUUGUGAAACUGGCCCUUCAGAAAGGAUCCGACCUGGUGCCGGUGUACUCCUUUGGAGAGAAUGAUGUGUACAAGCAGGUGAUUUUCGAGGAGGGGACCUGGUGCAGGUGGGCUCAGAGGAGGCUGCAGAAGCUGCUGGGCUUUGCCCCCUGUCUGUUUCAUGGCUGUGGUCUCUUCUCCUCAGACAGCUGGGGCUUCGUGCCUUACAGCAAGCCCAUCAUCACCAUCGUUGGUGAGCCAGUCACAGUGCCGAAGGUGGAGGAGCCGACCCAGGAUAUGGUGGAUCUGUAUCAUGCCAUGUACAUCCGGUCCCUCUGCACCCUCUUUGACAAGCAUAAGACCCGCUUUGGCCUGAAGGAGACUGACAUGCUGCACAUCCAAUGAGAGAGAUUCUCUGGGACCCUCUGACCUGUGACCUGUGACAGCUACUUCAGAACCGCCUCUGCUCUUGUGCCUGGCUCUGAUACGUUAUUGAACUUGAAUCUGUACACACUAAUGUUUUUGUAAAAACACUUUUUCAGCAGCCUCUUGUGCUUAGAGUCUUUGUCCUCUGUUAAAGGCAGGAUUAGGUGGUGUUAAAGUCUUUGAAGUUGGUUAUGGCAAGGUGCUAUCAACCUAAAGGCCAUAGUUAUUUUUCAUGACAGUAGAGAACGGGAUGUAAAGAAAUCUCCCACAGUCAGGUGCAGACCAUCCUCUAGAUGGUGCUACAAGGUAAAACUAUGCAUUGAACAAGUAGCAAGGAUUUUCCUCUUAUGGAAUUGUCCAUACCUAGACUAUUCUCUUUGCUAUAUGCACAAACAAUGCAAUUGUAAGGUAUUGGUUUACUAAUGGGUCAACACUGGUUGAUUAAGCCAAAGAUCUGUUGGUCAUUGACCUCUAGCCCCACCCCUCACCCAUGUGGAUUCUGCUGGAACAUGAAAAUGAAGAAUUCUGUUCAAUCAAAUAAGGCUUUGCAUAUGUUGGGGAAUGCAUGUGUAUAUAUUUGAUUGGUGCCAUUAAGUAUUAAUUGUGUUUUGUGCAAGAAGGCCUCACCUUAUGGAAAUUUGUACUUUUUGUCUUCCCAUUGAAAAUGAUCAAUGCACUUUUUGUAUAUGUGAUGACUUGCUGAGGUAUUGACCCUUAAGAUGCCUUAUAAACCAGAAUCUUCUUUUGAAUGUUCUUGGUAAAAGAAAUGCAGGACAAUGAAAAAUACAAUAUUUGUGCUGUGACGUUGUCAUUUAACCCAAAUUACUUUCCAGACACUAAAGGUCUUGACGUGUGCCUUGAGGUUCAGCAGUACAUUAGCCCCAGAGGAGAUGACUAAAUACUGUGGAGGUUAAGAUUACGAUGAUCAGGCAAGACCUGAGGCCUGUACCCCAGGGUACUGUUGGUCUUUUUUGAGGAUGAACGGUUGAUGAAGGAGAAAAUGAUGAAAAGCAAGGGAUCAGAAAUAAUGUGCUGUAUGUGAAGACAUCUGUUGUUGGCAAAUGUGUAAAGAUGUCAGGUGUUUGUCUUGCCUUACAAGAAUGUUAUGAAAAUCAAGCAGGGAACUAGCAUUGGUAUGUCAUGCCAAACAAAGUCUAUCUAACACUGUCAUGAAAAUAAAAUGAUGGCACAAACUAA